UUAAAAAAUCAGGAUUUCAUUUCUCCUCUGAACUACACUACAGAUCUCCCAGCCAGUCCUACCACUACCUACAAAGCAUUUUAUGUGAAAUACUGCACAUGGUGCAGCCACAUAUAUUGGAAGUGGCUGGGUCAGAAAGGCCCAGAGCCUUGUGCUCACAUCUGUGAACCAAGGGACAAAAUGCAGAUUCCUCUCCAAGCUCCUUAGUAUGCUGGAGUCCACAUGCUCCUCAGCUUACAGAUGUGGCUUAGUGCUUCAUCAAUGGAAUUUUGCAGCAUUUUCUCUCUGUUCAUGUAUCAAUAUGUGUCCAGACAAUUUCUUUGGACCACACAGCCGUUAGGUUAAGAAGCAAGAAGCUGAUAAGGCCGGCAGGCAAGGAGGGCAGUGUGCUGACCCUUGCUGAAGUAGCCAUUGCUUCUCGGGAGAUAAGCGUCCCCCACUCCAUGAGCGGCCCUCUGGAGUGACCAAUGAGUGUGGACAGGCACCAAGCUCUGCUCCCCCCUUCCCCUUUAUAACCAGGGCUGCCAGGGUGGUGAGUCCAAACCUCUCUGAGCGGUCACUGCAAGGGGACAGAGCCAGCACCUCCUGCACAAUGACGCUGACCCAAGCCGAGAAAGCCGCCGUGGUCACCAUCUGGGCCAAGGUGGCCGCCCAAGCUGAUGCCAUUGGGGCAGAAUCACUGGAGAGGCUUUUCUUCAGCUACCCCCCGACAAAAACUUACUUCCCUCACUUCGAUCUGAGCCAAGGCUCAGCUCAGCUCCGUGGCCACGGCUCCAAAGUCAUGAACGCCAUCGGGGAAGCUGUGAAGCACAUUGAUAACAUCCGAGGGGCUUUGGCCAAGCUCAGCGAGCUGCAUGCUUACAUCCUCAGGGUGGACCCUGUCAACUUCAAGCUGCUUUCCCACUGUAUCCUGUGCUCCGUGGCUGCCCGCUAUCCCAGUGACUUCACCCCAGAAGUUCAUGCUGCGUGGGACAAGUUCCUGGCCAGUGUUUCAUCUGUUCUGACAGAGAAGUACAGAUAAAUGACCUCAAAAGAGGGUGAGGGAUGCCCAUCCACAGCCCAGCCCUGCUGCCACAGGCUCUGAUGUAUCACCUCUUCCUGAGCAGCUCUUUAAAUCCCUGCUGCAGGAGCUCAGUCAUCUUCAAAACCCAAUAAAUAAUUCAAAUGUGAGCUAUGAUCUCUGUGCUUUCAUCUCAAUGUGUUCUGCCCACACCUGACUGUUCAGGCAGGGGUGUUUUGAAAUGUCUACAAAAUAUGGAGGGGGAAAUACUAGACUUUAUAAACUCAUAUACUAAUUCAUAUACUAAUGAACUCAUACUAAUUCAUAUGCCAGUUCGGUGGGGACAACAUAACAUUCAGUGGGAGCAACAUAGCAUUGAACAGAAUGGGCUGGAGCCCUGUGACAGCAGCUGCUCACCAAGGUAUAUCCACCACAGUCUGUUUCCAGGCUGACCAGGAAAGAGUCUUUUACCCUGCUAGGACACUGAAGGGACCCAGGUUUUUGCCUGACCUAUCCAAAUCCCAUUCCAGCCUGUUGGGAACCACACCUGCAUUGCAGUACAGGGUAUUGUCCUCUCGUGCCUCUCUCCAUGGGGUAUGGACGUGGUAUCUGAUGUGUUUCUUCUUUGGGUUAACUCCACUGUGCAGCCACUGCACCCCAGCUGCCCACUCACCUCCCCCCCUCCCUGCAAUGGGAUGAGGUGAAGGGCAAAGGAGGAUAAAGGCAAGAAAAAUUGGGGGAGUCAAGAUCAAACAAAUAAACAGAAAUAAUUGUUUAGUAAGUGAAGACUAAGUGGAAGCACAGAGAAGAAAACAAAACAGGGGAUGCAAAGACAAUCACUCACCAUAUGCCAUGAGGAGGCUGAUGUUCAGCCAGUUCAUGAGCAAAAACAAUGGGGAACCGCCCUAAAACUCCCUCAAACCCCUUCUUUUCCCUUUGAUUGCUGAGAAUGGUGUUACAUGGUAUGAAGUACCUCUGAUUAGCCUAUCUGCCUGGCUGUGCUGUCUCCCAGCACCUCAAAAUCUAUUCCCUGGGUGGGGGCAGAGUGAGAAGCAGACACAGUCUUGAUGCUGUGCAAAGACUGCUCAACAAAAUCUGGAACAUCAGCCUGUUACUGGGGCCAGUUUGACCAACAGCCUGAAGCACAGCACCAUGUCAGCUCCUGUCUCAGAGACUUCUGGCAUGAAACAGUGUGUGCAAAGCCUUCAGCCUGCUCUGAUGGCCAGCCUGAGCCAGCACUGCAAGUGGCAGUCCUCAUCUCAUCCAUGGAAUUUAGGGACUGUGCUUGCACAAGAGGGAGAAGGGUGAUGUGAAAGCUCUCAGGCCACCAAAUGGCUCUAAACAUGUCACCACAACAGCUUUUAAAGCAUUCUGCAUCCAUGGAUGUCGGGUAACCUGGAAGUUUAAAUCCAUGUCUUCUGUGCUAGGGCAGCAUCUGGUGUGUAAGG